AUGUCCGGACGUGGGAAGCAGCAAGGAGGUAAGGUACGCGCCAAACCCAGGUCCCGCUCAUCCAGGGCGGGUUUGCAGUUUCCUGUGGGUCGGCUCCACCGCCUGCUCCGUAAGGGCAACUAUGUGGAUCGCAUCGGGGCCGGGGCCCCGGUGUACCUGGCGGCUGUGCUGGAGUAUCUGACAGCUGAGAUCCUGGAGCUGGCAGGGAACGCCUCGAGGGAUAAUAAGAAGACGCGCAUCAUCCCGCGCCAUUUGCAGCUGGCCAUCAGGAACGACGAGGAGCUCAACAAGCUGCUGGGAGGGGUGACUAUCGCGCAGGGCGGCGUCCUGCCCAAUAUCCAGGCCGUGUUGCUGCCCAAGAAGACCGAGAGUCAGAAGUCACAAAGUAAAUGA